AUGGAAGAAGUGGCGCCUGAUUUCAUGCCCUCUCUGGGUUCAAAAGAUUCAUUUGAAGAUUCACCAUUAACUCUGAAACCAAAGUUGGCGUCAAAUGUAAAAUAUUUAGAUACAGUUAUUGCCCUUUAUGAUUUCCCCGGUACUCAAACUACACAUCUUCCAUUAAAUCUCGGUGAUACUGUUUAUGUGCUCUCCAAAUCUGCCACUGGCUGGUGGGACGGAGUGGUUGUUGACUUAGAUGGCCAAGUUUUAAGAGGUUGGUUCCCACUGACAUAUGUCCGUUCGGUCAAUUAUGUACAGCCAGUGAUCAAAGAGUUGAAAUCUCAUAAAGAAUGGGAUUCAUUAACAGCACAAAAUACUGCUGCUAAUGUAGUGAUGCCUAGUUACGCUAGUCUUUUACAAAAAUCAAUUAUGGAUACAAACUCCAAUACCCCUACCAAUUCCACCAGAAAGAAUUCCGUGGUCAGUUUUGCAAGUUCUGAAAACUCAUUGGUUAUGUCGAAUGCAAACAAUACUACUUCUCACGAUAGUACAACUUCUAACAAGGCUCCUUGGGCUUCAGUGUCGUUGGUUGCAUCACCAAAUGUUCAACAUAAUUCACUGGUAGUUUCACAAGGAACUAUAACAACAGGAGGAGAUCUGAUUGCAUUAGAUGAAAGACAAAUUAUAAUGACCCCAACUAAUGAAGUUGAAAAAGUUGCCAAUGAAUACAUCAAACGAACUGGGAAAUUGAUAACGUAUGUUUCCAAAUAUACUACAAGUGGUAACUUGGUUUAUUAUAAUGAACAAUUGAAUUUGUAUUGUGAUUCAUUGCCUAUGUUACUGUUAAGAAUCUCAUUAUCAUCAUCUCAUAACGAUUUAGGAAGCUCUCCCAAGGGUGCUCGUUCACUUCAUCAUUCUCAUUCGAAAUUCCCAGGAGUGAAGGCAGAUGAUAUUGAUUUACCAUCGUAUGAAGCAUUACAGAAUACGGAAGUCAUUCCAACUGGUUCAAUUUCCGAUAUAGAAGUAAUCACAAACGAUAGUUCCUUCUUCAACACCAAUGGGAAUAGGCAAGUAAGUCAGGGAUCAAUGAAAAGAGAUUCUACAAUGUCUUCAUUACACAGCAACUCAUCCGCGUUGUAUCAUCAUUUUCUGCAGCCUUUAUUUGCAUUGGAUUCAAUGUUCUACAAACAUGCAUCAGAUGUUUCCACCUGGACAGAAUUAAAAGAUCAAGCAAAUUAUUUGUUAGAUUUACUUCAAAAGACAAUCAAGGACAAGAAUAAAAUAUUGUUCAACACUCACUACACAAGUUUGAAUAAAAUCCUUUCACUAGUAUUGAAUGCAUCAAGAUUGAUUCAAGAUGACUUUCGAGAAACCAAAUAUGAUAAAGCCAUUAGAUGUAAGUUGAAACGAUUAUUAACCAGUUUUGCUCAAAUUUAUGUCAAUGGAAUUUUACAUUUAAGUGUUAUGCAUUUCAAUCCUGAAACCAGUGACGCCCCAAUGUUCUCUGUGGAUUUAUUUAAAUUAAAUAAAUCAACAGGAAUUGAUUCGAAUCAUCUGUCAAUUGCAACUGACUUAACAAAGAGUACCAGAGAGGAUAAUUUAAGGAAUUCAGUUGUAACUCCUCCUCCAGCAGUAAUUGAGAAGGAGUCACCAAGCUACGUUGAAUUGAUUGAUUGGACAAUCGAUACCUUCAAGCAUAAUUUGAAUUCAUUGAUACGGAUCUUUCUUCGUCUUUCUCGAGAUAAAAAAAUCAAACAGUCCUACUAUGAUGGUUCGGAUAUGAAUGAGAGUGAAGGUGAUUCUCACCCUUUUAAAUAUGGAAAUAGGCAGUCAGGAAGUACAAGACUUAGUCUGUCUGCAGAAGUAAGUCUGGUAUCCAGAAUUGAUACCAAUGAAAGUAUGGAAGAAGGAGGAGUACAUCAUCCUUAUGCAGAAAAUGUUUCCAGGAACCCAACAAAGGAGAACAAAAAUAUUGAAGACGAUGACGAUUCUGUGGACAGAUAUAAUCUUUUACCCCAACUUUACCCUAGAUUCAUCAAGAAUGAAUUCAAUGGUGGUAAUUGGUGCAAUCCAUUCUUUUCAAGUACUAAUCCCAAUCUCAAUGCCAGUGGGAAUGAGUUAAAGAAUCGAUUUCAUUCAAAAAUUAUUAUUGACAAUUCAGCGUAUGAAAUCGUUCGGAAUACAAGCAAUGAAAUCAUAACUCUUGUGUCUGAAAUCAACAAGUACUUAGACCCAUCUGUUCAGCACAUGUAUUUCAACAGUGAGCUUAAGAAUGAAAGAAACACCCAUAUUCUCAAAUUGGUUUAUAAGAUUCUCCAUCAUGCAAGUUCCAUGGUGGAUACUAUUGAAUCCUUUGAUUUCACUGUGUUCUGUUUGAUAAGAAAAUAUAAUGAACGACCAAAACCGAAAACCACUACCACCACCCAAGAUCCAAUUAUACCAAGUUUUGAUACUUCUCUUACUUCUGAACCGUUAACUAAUUCACCUUCACCCGUGGGCACGCCGGUUAAUACUCCUAUUGAUACCCUUAAGCGUGGAGAUAGUGGAGGUAAUUUAAGUACAACUGCUAGUACCAGUACAGAGAACAUCUCUAGAGCAUAUGAAAGUUUCAAAAGUAAUCUCACGUUUGAUUACCCUGUCGUCUUAGAAUUUUUCCAAUUGAAACAGGAAUUGCAUAAUUUACUUUCUAGUGUUGUGUUGAACACCCAAUCUAUUACUCUUAAUGAUCCUGAGGUAUUCAAAGGCAUGAAGGAAGAAGAACCACUUUAUUAUUACCGAGAAGCUCAAAGAAUACCCCUGGAAAGAUCUGCAAUUAUUUUACUGAAUAUAUUGGUGCAACAACUGAAAGCUCAGGCAGGAAACCAUAUAAAUUUGGAAUCUGAUGCAGUUAUGAAUGAAACAUUGAAUGAGGUGGUACAAUUUACUGAUGUCUUGUUAAGAGCUAUUAAAUCAUUAAUUGAAGAAAGAGAGCUGAUUCUUAAUUAUGCCACAAGAGUGAUGCAUGAUGAUUUCAACGUUCAAUUGCUUUUAACAGAGAUGAAUAACACCAAUGCUGCUGACAAAGUUGCGGAGGAUAAUUCUUACUAUCAAGGACAGAAGAAAGGCGAUGAUGUUCCAUGGUAUUUGGAAGGAGAUGAAGAGUACGAUUUACUUUUCGACAUUAAAGGUAAUAUUAAAGGUGGUACUAAGGAAGCACUUGUGGCUCACUUAACUCAUCAUCAAUCCAUUGACACUAGUUUCAAUAGUGCCUUUUUAUUUACUUUUGCUACAAUGAUGCCACUUAGUGAAUUAAUCCAACUUCUUAUCAAUCGUUUCAAUCUUGAAGCUCCUGAAGGUUUAAGUUACGAUGAAUUCAAUGCUUGGUCCACUAAAAAGCAAGGACCUAUCAGACUUCGAGUGAUGAAUAUCAUGAAAUCAUUAUUAGAGAAGCAUUGGCUGAAAUCAUAUCAUAAUGAAGGCUUGUUACGUCGUUGGUUGGCCUUUUGUGAAUCUCCGGCUGUUCGGUCAUAUUCUGUGGGGAAGACAAUUUCCAAUGAUAUCGAGAGGGUAUUGCGUGGUGAAGUCGUUUGCGUUGAACGUGAACCUGUAUUGAAUGCCAAUGUUAAGCCACCUGCUCCUUUAAUAAAGGAGAAGGCGCUUAAGAAGUUGAAAUUAUUGGAUAUCGAUUACAUUGAGUUGGCUAGACAAUUAACCUUAAGAGAAUUCAAAACUUAUAGCAAGAUCACGAAAUUCCAUUUAACUGCAAAGAUUUGGGGUAAGAAGUCCGGAUUACCCCUUGAAGGAUUUGAACCCAUAACCAUGUUUAUUAAGGGACUGAACCAAUUAACCAACUUUGUUUCCUUUAUGAUUUUAAGGAAGUCAGAUUUAAAAAGAAGAGUUCAAAUUAUUCGAUACUUUAUUCUUGUUGCUGAAAAAUGUCGCUCUUUUAACAACUUUUCAUCGAUGACGGCCAUCAUAUCUGCGUUAUCUUCUUCACCUGUGCAUCGGUUAAAGAAAACAUGGAAGUUGGUAUCACCCGAUUUCAUUGCUAAAUUAAACAGCAUGAACACUUUAAUGAAUUCAUCCAGAAAUUUCAAUGAGUAUCGUGAUAUGUUGAAAUUCAUUGGUAGUGAUAGUUGUGUUCCAUUUUUCGGUGUCUACUUGAGUGAUUUGACAUUUGUAUAUCAUGGGAACCCAGAUUACUUGAUGAACAGAACAAGAAUCUUGAAUUUCGGGAAACGAUUCAAAACCUAUGAAAUCAUUAGUGGUAUCGACAGGUUUAAGAUUGUUGGUUAUAACCUUGUGGAAGUAAAUGAGAUACAAAAGUACUUGGACGUUUGGUUUGCAAAUUGUCCUGGGAAUGAGGAACAAUACGAAAUGUCGUUAGAAUUAGAACCUCGGGAAAAUUCAAAACGGUGA